CACUAAUGCUAAGAUUUGCACGUCCUCAAAUCAAGAAGAACCUUGCUUCUCUGGCUCGUACAUAUGCUCACAAGGAGCUCAAAUUCGGUGUGGAAGGCAGAGCUGCCCUCUUGAAGGGUGUUGAAACCCUUGCUGACGCUGUUGCCGUCACCUUGGGCCCUAAAGGUCGUAAUGUUCUGAUCGAGCAGCCAUUUGGUGCUCCAAAGAUCACCAAGGAUGGUGUGACUGUGGCCAAGAGCGUCAAUCUUGAAGACAAGUUUGAGAACUUAGGUGCUAAGCUGUUGCAAGACGUUGCCUCCAAAACCAAUGAGAGCGCCGGUGACGGUACGACCUCUGCCACAAUUCUUGGAAGAGCCAUUUUCUCUGAGUCUGUCAAGAACGUGGCUGCCGGAUGCAACCCUAUGGACCUCAGAAGAGGUUCCCAGGCCGCUGUUGAGGCCGUGAUCGACUUCCUGCAGAAGAAUAAGAAGGAGAUCACAACCUCUGCCGAGAUCGCCCAGGUGGCCACUAUCUCUGCCAAUGGCGACACCCACAUCGGUAAGCUUCUAGCAUCUGCCAUGGAGAAAGUUGGCAAGGAGGGCGUUAUCACAAUUAAGGAAGGUAAGACCUUGGAGGACGAAUUGGAAGUCACCGAGGGUAUGAGAUUUGACAGGGGCUACAUCUCUCCUUACUUUAUCACUGAGGCCAAGAGUGGAAAGGUUGAGUUUGAAAACCCUCUGUUGUUGCUGUCUGAGAAGAAAUUGUCUUCAAUUCAGGAUAUUCUUCCAAGCUUGGAGAUCUCCAACAAGCUGAGAAGACCAUUGCUCAUUAUUGCGGAGGAUGUUGACGGGGAGGCCUUGGCUGCCUGCAUCCUGAACAAAUUGAGAGGCCAGGUCCAGGUUGCUUGUGUUAAGGCUCCAGGCUUCGGAGACAACAGAAAGAACAUUUUGGGCGACAUUGCCAUUUUGUCCGGAGGUACUGUCUUCACUGAGGAGUUGGACAUCAAGCCGGAGAAUGCCACUCCAGAACUCUUGGGCCAGUGUGGAUCUGUCACAGUUACCAAGGAGGACACUGUCAUUUUGAAUGGUGCAGGAGAAAAGGACAACAUCUUGCAAAGAUGUGAGCAGAUCAAGGGCGCUAUUGAGGACGCUUCGACCUCUGAGUACGAGAAAGAGAAGCUUCACGAGAGACUUGCUAAGCUCUCAGGCGGUGUGGCAGUUGUGAGAGUGGGUGGCUCUUCCGAGGUCGAAGUUGGAGAGAAGAAAGACAGAUACGACGAUGCUCUCUGUGCUACCCGUGCAGCUGUUCAGGAAGGUAUCUUGCCAGGUGGAGGUACUGCUCUUUUGAAGGCUUCCAAAAUUUUGGACCAGAUCGAGGUCGCAAACUUUGACCAGAAGUUGGGUGUGCAAAUCAUUAAGGCUGCCAUCACCAAGCCAGCCAAGAGAAUCGUUGACAACGCUGGCGAAGAGGGCUCUGUCAUCAUUGGCAAGAUUUUGGAUACCUAUGGCGACAAGUUCAACCACGGUUACGACAGCUCUAAGGGUGAAUUUGUGGACAUGAUUCAGGCUGGUAUCAUUGACCCAUUCAAGGUCGUCAAGAGCGGUCUGGUCGACGCCGCUGGUGUUGCCUCUCUGCUGGCUACCACUGAAUGCGCUAUCGUCGAUGCUCCAGAACCAAAAGGUCCACCAGCUGCUCCAGCCGGCGGAAUGGGCGGUAUGCCGGGAAUGGGCUUCUAAUGUAAAUAGGAUGUAAAUAGAAGCUGAGAUUUGUUAUGAUAUCAUGCCUAUUUUUUCAUAUCCGGGGAUGAUGGCAUCUAGUGAAAAACUGUGAUUUUGUGAAGGCUUGAACUCCGCGCACUCCGCAAUGUCGUCCAGCGUGCCGUCCCGACCGUACGCCUUCAUCAUUUUAGAGUAAAGCACAUUGAGCUUUGGAGGAUUGAUAAGUGCUGCAAUAGAGUUGUCGAAACCGUAGUAAUGUAUUAUAGCGAAAAACCUAGCAACGAGAUCGGUAUCUGCUUCCGCGACGGCUUCCAAAGUGUCCUGUAACACUUUCUCAUUUUCUGUAGUUUGCGGCAGUGCUAAAAGGUAGUCCCUGGGAGCGAAACGCUCCAGGCAUUGGUCGAUCGCAACUGAUCGGUUCAAAUUCAGUGAAAGCCCAUACUCAUCCACUAUGAUGACAUUGCAUGGAAUAGCCAAAGUAACUGGAAUAAUAAGGAGAAAAGCAAGCAUCUCAACUCACAAAAGUCAAACCUUAGCAGUCAGCUCCCGACACAAGCCCAAAUUUUGUAUCAGUGCCUGAGUUGCAGUUUGAAAUAAUAUAAACUUCACGACUCUUUCUGGUGCCUUAAAU